UCCGGCAUAGGCAUCGAGGUCAUUUCCAUGCCCUAUCUUGACACGUGUCGCCCAAACAGGGGAACAGCACUGUUUGCCCGUACAUCCUCGAGCCCGGCGAGACGAAUCCAUUCGUUACCUUAAUUGCACCAAUCACACGUGCCACCACCCCUUUAAUUGCCGGAAAUCCCUCUCUCUCUCUCUCUCUCUGAGCCUAUUUAUCUGUUGAAAGCCUCAUCCCAGCAAUAAAGCCCUAACAUAUACAAUACAUUUAUACAUAUAUAUAUGUAUAUGCUUGUGUUUAUGUAUGUGCAGAAGUGAUAGAGCAGUAGCAUUGUUUGAUCGGAGAUGGGGGCGGUGACGUCGUCGAUGGCGGCGAAGUUCGCGUUCUUUCCGCCCAAUCCACCGUCGUACGGGGUGGCGGAGGACGAAUCCACCGGGAAGAUGAGGAUCACGACUGUCACCGGGAGGGAAAACGUCGACGUGCUGAAGUUGGCGACCAAGAGGGGCACCCAGAUUGUGGCGGUGUAUAUGAAGAAUCCGGCGGCGUCCUUGACUGUGCUCUACUCGCACGGAAACGCUGCUGAUCUAGGUCAGAUGUACGAGCUCUUCAGUGAACUCAGUAUUCAUCUCCGAGUCAACUUGAUGGGAUAUGAUUACUCGGGGUAUGGUCAAUCAACCGGCAAGCCAAGUGAGCAGAAUACUUAUGCAGACAUAGAAGCUGCAUUUAGAUGCCUUGAACAGACAUAUGGUGUAAAGGAAGAGGAUGUGAUAUUAUAUGGGCAAUCUGUUGGGAGUGGACCAACUUUAGAUUUGGCGUCCCGGUUGCCAAGAUUGAGGGCCGUGGUUCUUCACAGCCCAAUCUUGUCUGGACUUCGGGUGAUGUAUCCAGUGAAGCGAACAUACUGGUUCGACAUAUAUAAGAAUAUUGAUAAAAUACCACUGGUGAAAUGUCCUGUUCUAGUAAUUCAUGGAACCGCAGAUGAUGUUGUGGAUUGCUCCCAUGGUAAGCAGCUUUGGGAGCUCUGUAAAGAAAAGUAUGAACCGUUAUGGGUUAACGGAGGGAAUCAUUGUGACUUGGAGCUCUAUCCAGAGUACAUAAAACACCUAAAGAAGUUUAUUUCAGCUGUUGAGAAGUCUGCGCAUUUGAGAAAAGGUCCUGCCUGGAAUACAGAUCAAUCUGAGAAUCCUCGAAGCAGCACAGAUUGUCGAGAGAAACCUAGAUCAAGCACAGAUCAGAGAGAUAGGUCUAGACUGAGCACAGACCAGAGAGAGAGGCGGAGACCGAGCAUAGAGAAAUCAAGAGCCAGCAUUGACAAGAGAGAGAGAUCAAAAAAAAGUGUAGACUUUUCUGAGAAAGCAAAUAACAGCACCGAACAGCCUGAGAAAGCCAGGAACAGCAUUGACCGCUUUGGAGAGAUGAUGAGGUCAGUGGGAUUGUGCAAUAUCGAUUGUUUCAAGCCUACGGGAGCUGUGGUCUGAGGAUGAGGUGAAAGGUGCUGGAAUUGCUCGUCACUGCGCUUGUUGAAUGUUCUGAAUUGAUCAUGCUGUAUUGCCAAAGGGGAAACCCUCUCAUUUGUAGGUAAAGGGAGAGAGUAACAGGAUUAAUGGUGUGAUAGUAAGAUGUGUUUCUUUGCCAUAGCUGACACCCCAUCUAGCUGAAUUAAGGUAUGAUAUGUUGAUACGUCGUUUUGUAGCCCCGGCUAUAGUUGCAUGAUGUGUCCAUUGUUCAUGGCGAAUUUAAAUCAAUAAAUUUGCUCCUAGGCUUGCUUCUCACUUCUGCAUCUGCUGGCUUUUGUCUUUCAGAGCUCUAUACUGUAACGGGAAUGGUGCCUAACCCUCUAAAACUCCUCUCUCUUCCUCCAGAAAUUUACAUCAAACCCCCUGUACCAUCACCCUAUUUCACUUAAUUGCUGUAACUGGUGAAGUUUUACACUCAGCUCCCAUGUCUUUUAUCAAACUAUCCUUCUUGUCCUCCUGUUAGUAUUCCAUUAGGGUGCAUUUGAAUAGAAAAAUUUAUAAUUUGAAAUGAUUUAA